UUAAGUUGUUUUAUCUUAAUUAAGUUAUUUUAUUCCAAAAUGCUAAGUGAACUACAGCCAUUGUAUCUAUAAAAACUAAAAUUUUGAAUUAUAAUUUUAUGGCUGUUGAUUAAUAAUAAGGUUUAUCAAUGUGUUUAGGCUUAAGUAACUUACGGUAAGUUACAGAAUGUGUUGUGAUCAGGAAAUUUACAACCAUACAUUUUAAAUCGAGAGAUGAUCUAUACACUUAAUUAUAAAGCCUAUAUUGAUUUUUUAUUUCUCUAGUGAUCAAUAGAUUCAUGAUUUAAUCUAGUGAUAAAUAGCCAUGCCUGAACUCAAAGUCACUCCUCUCGGUGCUGGCCAAGAUGUUGGUCGAAGUUGCAUCUUGCUGCAAAUCAAUGAGAAAAACAUAAUGCUGGAUUGUGGUAUGCAUAUGGGUUUCAAUGAUGAAAGAAGAUUUCCUGAUUUUAGUUUUAUUACAAAUGAAGGUUCUCUAACUUCAUUUAUAGACUGUGUUAUAAUAUCACAUUUUCACCUUGAUCACUGUGGGGCUUUGCCAUAUAUGACUGAAAUGGUUGGUUACAGUGGUCCAAUUUACAUGACACAUCCUACAAAAGCAAUAGCUCCAAUCUUGCUUGAAGAUAUGAGAAAAGUAGCGGUUGAAAAGAAGGGUGAGAGUAAUUUUUUUACUUCUCAAAUGAUUAAAGAUUGUAUGAAAAAAGUGAUAGCUGUUACUUUACACCAGUCUGUAAUGGUAGAUCCAGACUUAGAAAUAAAAGCUUACUAUGCUGGACAUGUCCUUGGAGCAGCAAUGUUUUGGAUUAAGUCUGGAACUCAAUCCGUUGUGUACACUGGUGAUUAUAACAUGACCCCUGAUAGACAUUUAGGAGCUGCUUGGAUAGACAAAUGUAGACCAAACCUUCUGAUAACUGAGUCUACAUAUGCUACUACCAUAAGAGAUUCAAAACGUUGUCGUGAGCGUGAUUUCCUGAAAAAGGUUCAUGAAUGUGUAGACAGAGGGGGAAAAGUGUUGAUUCCAGUAUUUGCUUUAGGUAGAGCUCAAGAACUUUGCAUAUUGCUGGAAACAUAUUGGGAAAGAAUGAAUCUGAAGAUACCAAUUUUCUUUGCUGCUGGUCUUACAGAAAAAGCCAACAAUUACUACAAGAUGUUUAUUACUUGGACAAACCAGAAGAUAAGAAAAACUUUUGUUCAGAGAAAUAUGUUUGAUUUCAAACAUAUAAAACCAUUUGACAAACAGUACAUGGACAAUCCAGGAGCUAUGGUUGUUUUUGCCUCUCCUGGAAUGCUUCAUGCAGGGUUGUCCCUUGCGAUAUUCAAAAAAUGGGCUCCAAAUGAAAACAAUAUGGUUAUUAUGCCUGGAUUUUGCGUUGUAGGCACUGUGGGUCACAAAGUUUUGAGUGGAGCAAAAAAAAUUGAGUUUGAAAAUCGACAAAUUGUUGAGGUCAAAAUGGAUGUAGAGUAUAUGUCUUUCUCAGCCCAUGCUGAUGCCAAAGGGAUUAUGCAACUUAUCCAAUACUGUGAACCGAAAAAUGUUAUGUUGGUUCAUGGGGAAGCAUCAAAGAUGACAUUUUUAAAAGAUAAAAUCAAGCAAGAGUUUGAUCUCCAAUGCUUUAUGCCUGCCAAUGGUGAAACUUGUGUAAUUGAAACUCCUUAUAGGCUUACAACCGAUGUCAAGCUGUCAUUAUUGAAAGAAGAAGCAUCAAAAUACAGUUUGCAGCCACUUAACUCCAAGAAACCUCGGUUGAUGCAUGGUGUUCUAAUGACAAAAGAUCAACAAUUCUGUGUAAUGGACGUGGAUGAGGCUUGCAAGGAAGCUGGGAUUAGUAGACAUGUUGUUAGAUUCACAUCAACCGUACAACUUGAGGAUCCAGGGCCAGCUUCUAAAACUACAGAAAAGCUUUUAACUCUUUUCAAAGAAAAGUUGAAGGGAUGGGAAAUGCAGAGUACUGACGACUCAAUACAAGUUGACUCAGUGUUCGUAAAAAUUGAAGGUGCAGAAGAUGAACAAAAGACUGUUUUUGUUUCAUGGACUAAUCAAGAAGAAGAUUUAGGUUCUUUCAUUGUUGAUGUUUUACGCAACAUGGGUUGAUUAAAAAUAUGUUUAACCAGUUUUCUUUUUAUGUAUGUAAAAUAAAUUACCAAAUAUAUAGUU